AUGCCUGGUGAAGCAAUAAAAGAGACAAACACUAGGUCUUAUGAUCCAUCGCAAGCCUACUAUGUUAUCCCAUCCAUGGAGAACCGUCACUUUACCGGCCGUGAAUCCACCCUGGAGGAGCUUAAACGAAAGCUAUUUCUUCAAGCGGAUACUGAAAAACUAGCCCUAUUCGGACUAGGUGGCAUCGGCAAAACCCAGGUUGCUCUUCAACUAGCCCGCUGGGUAAAGGCGCAUAUACCAGACUGCUCUAUUUUCUGGGCUCCUGCCCUAAGUCUCGAGAGUUUUGAGCAGGCCUGUUCGCAAAUCGCGAAAGAGCUUCAAAUUCAUCAGAAUGCAGACGGUGAAAGUGUUAUGGAAAUAGUGCACCGACAGCUGAGCUCUGAUAAAGCCGGAAAGUGGCUUCUUAUCAUCGAUAAUGCCGAUGACAUAGAGUUACUUUCCAAUGAGCUUGAUCAGUAUUUCCCCGCUAGUAUGAACGGCGUAACAUUGCUCACUACUCGCACCCGCGAGGUCGCGGUGUCUUUUGCUGGAAAGGAUAUACUUGAGCUCCAAAAGAUGACAAAAGAGGAAGGCAUUCCUUUUAUUACAAAGAUUAUAGGAGAGAAGUCACUUUGUAGUGAAGAGUCUACUAUACAGUUAUUAGAGGAGCUAAACUUCCUACCUCUCGCUAUUUCGCAGGCUGCUCACUAUAUUUGUCGAAAUAAUGGAACGACUACCCGGUACCUCGAGAUUAUGUACAAAACCGAAAAAGAUCGGAUGCGUCUGGCCAGUAGGAACUUCCACGAUACCACUCGCUACCGGAAAAUACCGAACGCGGUAACUACCACGUGGAUUAUCUCAUUUAAUCAGAUUAAGGGCUCUGAUCCCUCUGCUGCUGAUCUGUUGGAAUUUAUGUCUUACCUUGAGCCAAAGUCAAUCCCGCGAUCUAUUCUCCCAACUCUCGAUUCGGAAGAAGAGAUGGACUAUGCAAUUGAGGCACAGAAGACACAACAGAUUAUCGCGAACGUCACGCAACAUAUAAAAAGAUGUUUUCCAUCUGAUGAAUAUACAAAUCGUGAGAUAUGGAGAAGUUACCUUCCACAUGCCCUGAAAAUUGUUGGGCGAGAGGAAAACCGAGAUAUGGAGGAGAAGUAUGAGUUACUUCUCAAGGUCGGCAAAUGCGUCCUGGCUGAUGGCCGAGCAAGAGAAGCUGUCAGUCUUUUAAGAGAGGAUUAUCUGUGGAUUCAAACUCGCUAUAACGAAAAUCAUCCUUCUCGACUAUCGUAUCAGCACGCUCUCGCACUAGCAUAUCAAUUCGACGGGCAGAUCAAGCAGGCUAUAGAGCUGCUUGAGCACGUGGUCGCACGUCUCAGCACGCCCUCGCACUAG